AUGACAGAAGUAUGCCACAAAUCCCAAAAUAGUUUAAACUCCCUUUUUACGAAACUAAAAAGUAAAACGCCAAUUAUGAAAGAUUCGAAUGUGGUCUACUCAAUCCCCUGUGAAAAUUGUCCCAAAAAAUACAUUGGCAUGACCACUCAACUUGUAAAGAACAGACUAAAUGGACAUAAAUACACUAAAAAUGCCAACACUGCAUUGGAUAAACACAUGAAAGAUUCAAAUCACUGUUUUGCGUUUAACAAUACCACAAUAUUAAACAAAGACAACAAUUUUCAUAAAUUAAUGAUCAAAGAAAUGAUAGAAAUUAGAAAAGAAAAAAAUGCUGUGAAUGACAGAACUGACAUAAUGGGACUAAGUCGAACAACCUUAUAA